AAGAAGCUGACGUCAAAAUUCCGCUGUUUGGCUCUGACGCUCCAGAAUCUCUGGAGGAAUUUCUUGCAGAAAUGAAAACCAGUAAAUCCGAUGCAAAAGCGUUUGCAUUAAGGCUUAAGGCUCUGAUCAAGCUUCUGGAACAGAAAACCCGCAUCGCCAAAAUCCAAGAAUUCCUCUACCGCCACGUAGCAUCCAGCAGCAUCCCCAAAACCCUACACUGCCUGUCCCUCCGCCUUGCCGCCGAGCACUCCACGAGCGCAGCCGCACGAACCCCUCUCCCUCCCCCCGAACUUGUGCCAGCCCUCGUCGACAACUCCCGCCACCACUUCGUCCUCGCCUCCGACAACGUUCUCGCCGCCGCAGUCGUCGCAUCCUCCCUCGUCCACCACGCACUCCUCCGCAACUCCGUCGUCGUACACAUAAUCACCGAUCGCAAGACCUACGCGCCUAUGCAGGCUUGGUUCGCGCUCCAUUCGCUUGCGCCCGCCGUCGUGGAGGUCCGAGCACUCCACCACUUCGACUGGUUCGCGAGGGGGCGAGUGCCGGUGCUGGAGGUCAUGGAGAGGGAUCGAGAGGCGAGGUCUCAGUUUCAAGGAGGGUCUGCUGCUAUCUUGGCGAGUGAGACGGAGAAGCCGGUGGUGGUGGCGGCGAAGCUUCAGGCGUUGAGUCCCAAGUAUUACUCCAUUAUGAAUCAUAUCCGGAUUUACCUACCGGAGCUAUUUCCAAGCCUUAAAAAGUUGGUAUUUCUUGAUGAUGAUAUCGUAGUCCAAGCUGAUCUCUCACCUCUCUGGGAAAUUGAUCUCCAAGGCAAAGUUAAUGGCGCUGUUGAGACCUGCAGAGGUGAGGAUAAGUUCGUCAUGUCCAAGAGGUUCAAAAACUAUCUAAACUUCUCCCACCCUUUGAUCUCAAAUUCAUUCAAUCCUGAAGAAUGCGCUUGGGCCUUUGGCAUGAAUAUCUUCGACCUCGAUGCCUGGAGGAAAACAAAUAUCAAAGAAAUAUAUCAUGAAUGGAUUCAAAAGAACUUGGAAUUGGACUUGAGCUUGUGGCAAUUAGGGACUUUGCCUCCGGGUCUCAUAGCAUUUCAAGGUCAUGUUCAUAUAAUAGAUCCUUAUUGGCACAUGUUGGGGCUUGGAUAUCAGGAAAAUACGACUAAAGACGUUGCUCAGAAAGCUGCUGUAAUUCAUUUUAAUGGCAGGGCCAAGCCCUGGUUGGAAAUUGCUUUUCCUCAACUUAGGCCUCUUUGGACAAAUUACAUAGAUUUCUCAGACAGAUUUAUUAAAGCUUGUAACAUAAGGCCGUAGUUAGAGAAGUGCACAUAGCAUUUUGUAAGUGGUUUGUGGGGGUUUUGAACAAAAGGUUGAUUUUGAUGAGGAGAAAGGAGAUCAGGGAGAUUUGCUUGUUCAAGGCUGGAGAUGGAAGCUGUGCUUAGAGUGGGCUUUAAUUUUGUGAAUUUCCAGCACUGGAGUGCAUACUUUAGAUCCUUUGUUAGCUCAUUUGUUUCAUCAAUUUUCUUAGUUGAGAGAAUACUUAAUUACUA